ACACAGCCUCUGGACAGUUAUGACCAGAGUCUAGAGAAAGAGAGGGAGAGACCAAAGUGAGAGUGAGAGAGAGAGACUAGAGAGAGAGAGACCAGUGAGAGAAAGAGUGAGAGAGAGACCAGAGAUGGGGUGGACUGCUCUGCUCCUGCUCCUCUGGGCCCUGCCUCUCUGUGACAGUGGUAAAAUCCUGGUCUACCCCAUAGACGGGAGCCACUGGCUGAACAUGCGCAUCAUAGUGGAAGCUCUACAUGCUCGGGGUCAUGAGAUCACAGUACUGCGUUCCUCAACCAGCUGGUAUGUGUCCGAGACGUCCCCCCACUACUCCUCCAUCACCAUCCCACAGCCAAAGCCUCAGAACCUGGAGAGCGAAGACUUCAUGAGUGGCUUCCUCCAGAGGUCCAUCGAGAUCAGGAAGAACCGCGGCUCACUCUGGGGCCUGAUCGACUUCUACAAAAACCUGUUUCAGAUGAUUGGAGAAAACCAGGUGGUGGUGACUGAAUUUGUGGUGACUAUCUUUGAGAAUAAAACUCUGAUAAAGGAGUUGACAGACACGGGGUAUGAUGUGUUCCUCACUGAUCCUGCGUUUCCAGGUGGAGUGCUCUUGGCUCAUUACCUGAAGCUGCCCACUGUCUUUAAUGUGCGCUGGACCUUUAAUGGAGACGCACACUUCAUGAUCGCCCCCUCCCCUCUGUCCUUCGUGCCUCAGCUCUUCUCGCAGUACACAGACAAAAUGGACUUCUUCCAGCGACUGUCCAACUUGUUUUACCAUGGUAUCUUGGUGUACAUGUUACACUAUGUGUCUAACCCGCCAUACCAAGCUGUGUGUGAUCGAUACUUUGGACCAGGGGUGGAUGUGGUGUCCAUGAUGCAGGGAGGAGACAUCUGGCUCAUGAGGACAGAGUUCACCUUUGAUUUCCCCAGGCCCACCAUGCCAAAUAUGGUGUACAUGGGGGGCUUCCAUGUGAGGCCCUCUAAACCUCUGCCCGAUGAUCUGGAGGAGUUCGUGCAGAGCUCUGGAGAACAUGGGGUGAUCAUCAUGACUAUGGGCACGCUGCUCGGAGACUUGGGCCCUGAAAGGUCAGAGGUCAUCGCUGCAGCGUUUGCCGCUCUGCCACAGAAGGUCAUCUGGAGACACGUGGGACAGCGGCCCAUUGCUCUCGGCAACAACACCAGACUGGUGCAGUGGAUGCCUCAGAACGAUCUCCUCGGACACCCCAAAACCCGACUGUUUGUGACACACGGAGGGACCAAUGGCCUAUACGAAGCCAUGUACCACGCCGUGCCCGUACUGGGCAUCCCACUUAUCUUUGACCAGUUUGACAACAUGGAGCGGAUGAAAGCUCACAGAGCAGGGGAGUUUGUAGAAAUCACAACAUUAGACACAGACACUCUAGUGAAAACUAUACAGAGAUUAUUAGACCCAAAGGAGCCAUAUAAAACCAAAAUGCUGAAACUAUCACGGCUGCUUCAGGACAAACCCAUCAAACCCUUGGAAAGUGCAGUCUUCUGGACAGAGUACGUCAUGAGACACAAGGGGGCAACACACAUGCGUACAGAGUCGUACAAACUGCCCUGGUACGCAUACCACUCUUUGGACGUCAUAGCAACAAUCUUAGCAGCAGUCCUCUUAACUCUCUACAUAAUCUAUAUGUUUUGUAGACUUCUUAUUCAGUCUCUGCUGAGAGUUAAAAAGUCCAAGACUGAAUAG